AUGAUCGUCGGGAUGCUGGUUCCUGCCCUCUCAUGGUCUUGCUCCUCCGUGUCUUGCAACUCGAAGUGGGUCUCGUCAUGGCCCGGUAUUGCUCGUGAUCCUUCUUGCUGGUCUGAUGGUCUGGUAAAGCACACGAGAGGUGGAGGGGGAUCAGAGGAUCAGGUGAAGCUUCAGAUAGAGGAGGUACAGCGAGAGAUCAAGGAAGUAAAACAAGAGAUCAAGGAGGCACCGCCAGAGAUCAAGGAGGUACAGCAAGAGAUCAAGGAGGUUCUGAAAAGGAUCGAGCAUGAACAGGAUUCAACGAAGAAGGCGGUCCUUGUAGAGCGGGUGACGCAGCUUGGAGAGCGAGAGAAGCAGCUUGGAGAGCAGCUUGGAGAGCGGUUGAGGCAUCUUGGAGAGCGAGAGAGGCAGCUUAGAGAAAGGGUGAAGCAGCUGGAUAAAGAAAGGAAUGAUCUCCAGAGGCAAAGCAGAAAAUCCGAUGGGCUACGGAUUGACUGGGUCGAGUCAGAGGCAGGACUGGACCGGACAGGCUUUUGCCAUGGCAACAAGUACUUUCGUUUCAAUGCAUCAUACUUGCAAGGAGACGGCGAGAUACUGCUUUACUGCCGGAAAGCAUUCCACGAGCAGCAACGUUUCCUGAGGGAGCAGGUGUUAGAGAGCCGGGCCUUGGGCUGGAUCCAAGGUCCGCCGGGAACUGGGAAGACGACGACGACGCUAGCCUUCUGCUUGUCGCUUGGCAUGAAGGAAUGGAGCGUGACAUUCUUUCAGCUCGAUGCAACUAAGUGGACUGAGUGCAUUCAGAUUAAGAGGAGAUCGUGCACGAUACCAGCAGAAUGCUCGCUGAAAUGGACCAGGAAAAUACUAGAAGAUUGGCCGGACAGCGAGAAGCGUCUUGUCGUCAUCGAGAAAAUACUAGAAGAUUGGCCGGACAGCGAGAAGCGUCUUGUCGUCAUCGAUGGCUACUUGAGACAGAAUCGACGGGUUAUCGUUGUGACGUCGAUGUCUGGAGGAAAGGUUCGGGACAGGUUCGAAGAUGAUGUGAACCUGAUGCCGCACACCGUUGUAUCAUGGACAACUGGUGAGUACCUGAAUGCGGUGAAGUGCGAUGCUUUCUACGAGAGGGUGAAAGCCAUGCUAGCAUUGCACGACACUGCGGUGCACAUUGGUAUGAGGAUACGGAAGAGGAAUGGAACGAAAGAAGAGCAGAUUAUGUCGAAGCAUUACCUGGCUGGCGGCUCAUGUCGGUACAUGUUCGAAAAGACGGCAGCGGUGGUGAAGCAGAGGCUGGAUCGGGCUCUUGCAUCGUGUCGAAACCUAGAACAUCUGUUCCAGGGUAUCGUUGGUGACUCCUCGUUGGAUGCUGUAAAUCACUUGACUGCACGGUACAUGCAUGGCGAAGAAGCGUCCUGGAUGCCUGUGAGCAAGUACGUCGCCAUGAAGCUAGCGGAAGUAGCGGAGGUGGGCGUUUUGAAAAGACUGUUGGAUGGGACAGGCAUUCCCAGCAUAAGGGGCUACGUUUUCGAGCUUUUAUUUUUCAAGAAGGUGAAGCAAGGGCUGACCCUGACGUAUCGGCAGGGCGUGUCACGUGUGAAUCAGGUUUGGAUGGGAUGCCCAGUGUUUCUUUUCGAUGCGAACGAAGUCAUGGAGAGUCUUCCUCAAGAGAGAGCAUGCUUGAGGCCAAUCAACGUGUUUCAACCAGGCUAUGAUGCUAUUAUUGUGAAUGUGCGUGCGAAGUUGGUCGAGCUUGUGCAGGUGACAGUUUCAUCGUCGCACUCAUUUAAGCUCUCUCCCUUCGCAAAAGCUCUCAAGAAGCUCAACAUCCCAACCAAGGGUUGGAAAGUGAAAGUAGUUUUCAUCGUUCCGCCAGAAAGGCUGGAGGAUUUUCAGAUCGACACUAUCAAGAAUUGCGGGGCGAUGGAGGAGUACGGAUGGAAGAAGGGGUCCGAGGGUAAGCAGGCAGAUGUAGCGAGCAUUGAAAUACUGUGA